AUGAAUGCCACUCGAGAAAUUCUUGAUUCUGAUAACCUCUUUGAUCGUCUACCAGAUGAUAUUGCGUUGUCAAUCUUCAGUAAAUUAGGAGAUGCAAAAUCCCUUUGUAUUUCCCUGUCUGUUUGUAAGCGUUUUCGUUCUAUAAAUCUUGAAAUUGACCAAAUUUUUCUUUCCAUUCCUCGUAAAAGAACACUUGUAAGAGACUGUGAGACUCCCACAAGUUUCUUGAAGAAUCUUGUUUUUAGUAUUUUGAUAAAACCCGUCCAAUUUAUUUCUCAAAGAAUCAAAUUCGAAAAAAAUAAGAAUGAUGAUGAGGAUUAUUGUCCUUACUAUCCUCCAAGUGAAGUUCUGAAGUCUUUUCAAGAAAUUCGGGUACUUCAUCUUAGACUGCCAUGUCAUGGAAGUGAAAAACUGGGUUCAAAAGCUGGAGCUAAAUCUUGGAUUGAGAAACCCGAAAAUGGGGAUAGUUUGCUCGAAUCAGACACGGAAUCUUCUGUAAUUGAUGAUCAUCACGAUCAUGAGCUGAAGUUGAGGAUUCUGUGGACAAUUUCAUGUUUGAUGGCAGCAUCAGCCAGACAUUAUUUGAUACAAGAAAUCGUUAAGGAACGUGAAAUGAUCGAGAAAAUUGAGAAAAGAGGGUCGGUUUCCUAUGCUGAUAGGUGUAGUUCUACACGUAAAGCUCUUGGUUUCUUGAGCAAGCUUCUUCAGAGUAGUCCUCGUCUUCCUCCUCUUCAUGCCUCAAAACACUCUCCAUUUCCACUGCAUAAGCCAGCUGAUAAUGAAGGGGAUAAAAGGAGUGUUAACUGCCUCCAACGAACUGAGAUUUUUCUGCAUGAAAGUCGAAGCACUUCAAAAUCCAGCAGAGAAGCGAGUUUAUGA